UAAUUACGUCAUCAAUGCUUUACUACAUCACUUUCCUAUCUUGCUCUUCGACAAUGGUUACUAGCAAAAAAUGAAGAGAAAAAAAGAAAUUAUUGCAACACGAUUUCGGAUGAUUCACAGACGAUGACAGAGCACUAUUGUUUAAGGAGCGAUAGUGCUAUAUGUAGGCUACUAGCCUGCAGGCCACGUCAUGUGGCGCCGUGGUUCAAUACAUACGCGACGGAACUUGCGGUAGUUUUUGCGCUACUGAUGCUAUUUGGCUUAUCUUACACAAUAUUUGCGAUCAAACGAGAAAAGCACAUUGUCAAGCAAAACUCUGUGACAGAGGAAAACUCAGAGGAAGAAACAAACGAGAAAGAAGAGCCCAAAGGGUCCGAAGACCAAGAAAUAGACUCAACAUUUCCAGGAAAGGACAGUGUUGAACAGACCCAGGAUAAAAGCGAGGGGAAAGGCUCACAAGAGGAAGUCAUCGUUCACAGGGAAUUCGUCGAUGAUACCGUAGACUACGACAACGUUUCCAUCCAGUCAUCAUCAUCCCUGCAGAAGCCUUCACGAAAAAGUAGCAUCUUUAAGAAACUGUUCAACAAGAAGUCCUCUAAAAGCAAAUCUUCAUCGCACAGCCUCGGUAGUGUAAAGACUCAGGAUUCGGAUGUACACAGCACAAAGAGCUCAACCUCGAAAGGGACGAAAAGUCGUCAGUCAGCCUCGACCAGUAUGUCAAGCAGAAGAUCAAGUGCAGCCGAACACAGCGCGGAAUUAAACUUGAUGUUGAACAACCUCCACGUGGAGGAAGACAACACCUUCACCUUACGCCUUGAAAGCACCUCGUCUAACCUCGAAACCAGCCAGCCCGCAGAUAAUCAGGAACAAUAAAAGUUAUCCGCCCUUCUCUAGUAAAUACCCAUAUACUUUUUUCCCCACAAGCUGAGAAUAAUCUUUUUUCGACCGGCUUAUGUCAGUAAUUUCGAACUCUCACUUUACCUAUCAUAACUAUAUCUACUAUUGUGGAUUUUUGGGAAAAAUAAAACUAUCCUAUUUUUUA